GUGACGCGGGCGGUCGCCGGAAGUGAGACGAGCGGACCUCGACAACCGAAUCUUGAUGAUGAUGGCCCACGAAGAUACGUGUGGCCUUGAAUGUCAGCAGCAUGUUCUACUGAGGUCAUCUGUACAACCGUCAUGUACUACUGUAAGUGUACACCCCGUAACGUUGGACAACACGGUCCACGUCCUCUCCACUCCCUAAUUCCAGGUUAUUGUGAACCUCUUCUACGUACAUCCUCUACAGUAGUGUUUCCGUCAAGUUGUCACACAACGGCAACAACGGGAGAGACCAUCCGCGACAGCCGUAGCUCUUCCUUAUUUACCGUCUCGGGCACUCUGACUCGGAGCAAUCAAUUUCGCUUUUACUUCUUCAACCUCAACAAACCGCCUGACUCCAUGUCGGUUACCGUGACACGUCUGACAGCUACCCUAUUCGCAAACCCGGCCCAACAACAAUCCUUGACCGUCUCCCGGUUCCGCUUUGAUUGACACUUCCACAAGCCUCGGCCCGGCCCGACCUAAUGACCUAUCUGUAUAAUACCCUCGGGCAACACCUCCUCCUCCUCUAACCACUUAAAUCAUCACACACAACUUGACUACCAUGGCGAACACAGGGCCCGGAAACGUGCCUUUGCACUUCAUCCAGAAACCUCCCUUUACCGUCGAGGACCCCAAUGCCCAACCGAUCCCAGGCGAGACCAUUCCCCGCCGACAUCCCAAGGCUAAGAAUGGCCUCGCGACUCGCCCUGCCCCCGGAGUCAACACCACUCUAGACCUCCUCACUAGAACCGUGGAGCUGUACGGUGAUGAGCGCGCCAUAGGAAGCCGCAAGCUGAUCAAGCUUCACAAGGACAUCAAAAAGGUCCCCAAGGUCGUUGACGGCGAGACCGUCAUGGUGGACAAGGAAUGGCAAUGCUUUGAGCUUACUCCGUAUUCGUACAUCACCUAUGGAGAAUAUUUCACCAUCGUGAAGCAGAUAGGCGCUGGUCUUCGCAAGCUCGGCUUGGAACCCAAGGACAAAUUGCACAUCUUUGCUACUACGAGCCCCCAAUGGCUCGGCAUGUCGCAUGCCGCCUCGUCCCAGUCUCUCACCAUUGUUACCGCAUACGACACCCUCGGUGAGAGCGGCGUCCAACACUCCCUUGUCCAGAGCAAGGCGAGCGCCAUGUUCACCGACCCUCACCUUCUCAAGACAGCUACGAACCCGCUCAAGGAGGCUACAUCCGUCAAGGUCGUCAUCUACAACAACCACACUACGCAGCCCGUGUCCCAAGACAAGAUUGAUGCCUUCAAGGCCGAGCACCCGGACCUUACCGUGCUCUCUUUCGAAGAGCUUCGUGCUCUCGGCGAAGAGAACCCCGUCCCACUCACACCCCCCAAUCCGGACGAUACCUACUGCAUUAUGUACACCUCCGGCAGCACCGGUCCACCGAAGGGCGUUCCCGUCAGUCACGCUGGCUUUGUCGCCGCCGUAGCCGGUCUCUACGCCGUCAUGGAGGAAUCCGUCACCCACCGCGACCGAGUUCUCGCCUACCUGCCGCUUGCCCACAUCUUCGAACUCGUCCUCGAGAACCUCGGCGUCUUCGUUGGCGGGACCCUUGGGUACUCAAAUGCCCGUACCCUUUCCGACACCAGCAUGCGCAACUGCCCGGGCGACAUGCGCGCCUUCAAGCCCACCAUCAUGGUCGGCGUUCCGCAGGUUUGGGAGACCGUCAAGAAGGGCAUCGAGGGCAAGGUCAACAGCGCCGGCGCCCUCACCAAGGCCCUGUUCUGGGGCGCCUACAACAUCAAGUCCUUCCUUGUCUCCAAUAACCUACCCGGAAAGACCAUCUUUGAUGAUCUCGUCUUUGGCCAGGUGCGCACCAUGACGGGUGGCGAGCUGCGCUUCAUUGUCAACGGCGCCAGUGGUAUCGCCGCCUCCACGCAGCAUUUCAUGUCCAUGGUGGUUGCGCCCAUGCUAAACGGAUAUGGCCUAACCGAGACCUGCGGCAACGGCGCCCUCGGCUCCCCCAUGCAAUGGACCUCCAACGCCAUCGGCGCCAUGCCCGCCGCCGUGGAAAUGAAACUCGUCUCCCUCCCCGAACUCAACUAUCACACCGACACGGUUCCGCCCCAGGGAGAAAUCCUCUUCCGUGGCGCCUGCGUCAUAAAAGAGUACUACGAAAACCCCGAAGAAACCGCCAAGGCCAUCACCCCCGACGGGUGGUUCAAAUCCGGCGACAUUGGCGAGAUCGACGCCAACGGCCAUUUGCGGGUAAUCGACCGCGUCAAGAACCUCGUCAAGCUCCAGGGCGGCGAGUACAUUGCCCUGGAGAAACUCGAGGCUGUGUAUAGAGGAGCCGUGUUUGUGCAUAACAUUAUGGUGCAUGGUGACAAUAGUGCCCCGAGGCCGAUCGCGGUGGUGGUACCUAAUGAGAAAGCGUUGGCAGAGAAAGCAGAGGAGUUGGGACUAGGCGCGGAAGCGCCGGGUGAGAUGCACAGGAAUAGGAAGUUGAGGGAUGCGGUGCUGAAGGAGUUGCAGAGUGUGGGAAGGAGGGCUGGGUUAAGUGGAAUGGAGACGGUGGCGGGGGUGGUGUUGGUUGAUGAUGAGUGGACGCCGGCGAAUGGUUUUGUUACUGCUACGCAAAAGAUUAAUAGGAGAGCGGUGAAGGAAAGGUACUCGAAGGAGAUUUCGGAUUGUCUUGAUGGGAAAUAACCUAGUAGCCUCGCCCGAGCAUUGUUUGAGAGGGGUCGGCUAGGAGAUGAGAAGGAGUAUUUGUAAUGACACCUUGCAAAGGGAAAGAAGAGGAGGCCAGAAGACACUCAUCCUAGGCACUAUGGUAAGGUCAAGCGGAUGCGACAAACUAGCAUUGUUUGGCAUUCAUUCAUUAGGAGGGAAGAAGAAAAGGGGACUGAGAUAGGAUACCCUACAUGUUUACGCCAGCAUUAGGUAGUUUUGCAUCGUUGUGCUUUCUCAAGAAGUCAGUUAGUAUUAUAUCCUUAUACCCGCCUUUCU